UAAUAAUUAAAAUAUGCUGCAAUAUGGAGUAUAUAAAGACUCGAGAGAGACGAGCAUGGAUCGAAGUGGAGUGAAGUUGAAGGAAGGAUUUACAAACGACUUUGCUUCAAACAGCUGGGAAUUCUGCCGCAAAUGGCGAACCAAUCAUCUGCUCAUCCGAUUCUCUGCGCUUCCUUCAACCAAGACAACAGCUGCUUUGCAAUUGGAACCAAAGACGGCUUCAAAAUCUUCGACUGUGAUACCGGAAGGCUCCUCUAUGAACGAGCUAUUGGUGCAUUCGUCAUUGUUGAAAUGCUAUACAGGACAAAUCUUCUCGCCAUAGUUGGGGCUGGUGAACAGCCUUCUUUGUCACCAAGGAGAUUAUGUUUGUUCAAUAUCGUUAAUGGAACUUCACUCAGAGAACUCAACUUCUUGACUUCUAUUCUCGCUGUUCGUAUGGAUAGGAAAAGAUUGAUAGUUUUGUUUAAAGAGCAAACCUACAUCUAUGAUGUUAACAGCUUGGAAAAAAAGCAGAUUAUUGAUACAGUGCCUAAUGUACAAGGACUUUGUGCAUUUUCUGCUUGCGUGGAUAAUCCCUAUUUAGCUCUUCCCGCUAGUACAACAAAAGGGUCUUUGCUAGUCUACAAUGUAGUGGAUCUGCAGUCACACUGUGAGAUAGACGCCCAUCGCUCGCCCCUAAUUGCCAUGGCUUUUUCUUCAAAUGGGACGUAUAUAGCUACAGCAUCUGAACACGGAACUAUAAUCAGAGUUCAUCUAAUCUCUGAUGCAACUAAGUCAUACAGUUUCCGUAGGGGUACAUAUUCGUCGACGAUCUUUUCCCUGUCAUUUGGGCCUUCAGCUGAUCUUCCAGAUAUUCUUCUUGCUACAAGCUCUUCAGGUUCUGUUCACAUUUUCUCCCUGGGCUUUGAUCUUAAUGAAAGAAAGUCAAACAGCCUUCUUGGGUCAAUAAUUCCUGGUUCUGUUAGCGAUGCACUGGAUCCUGCUCAUCAUCUUGUAUUCCAUCAUGCUUUCUCAGCUGGAGUCAGAAGUAAUGCUGUAGUUCAGAAGAUAGAGAAAGCCAGUGGUUCAUCAAAUCCCGAACCUGUUGUGUUGAGAGCCACCAUAUCAAUGAUUAGCUUCAGUGGAUACUAUCAAGAAUAUAGUUUGAGAAUAAACAACAAAAACGAAGCUACAUGGACAUUGGAGCGCAGGUUCAAAGCUAUUGCAGAAUAACUGUAGAGAGUUCAUGAUUUAAUUCAAAUGUACAGAAUCUUCUUAACCAUGAUUGAAAGCCGUUAUUACGUUUCUGUUAUCA